AUGGCCACAGGCACUACCUGGCCACUGCUCCGGGACGGGACCCACGUCUUCGCAGACCCACGCAGACUCCACCAGCGGAGCUGCCAGCAAGCCACGGCGGUGCCAGGGACCCCAAACACCUCCACACGCCCCCCGAAGGGGGAGGGCAGGCAGCCCCCCGCUGCCACCGGCUGCCACCGUACGAAGUUCGGCAACGUCCCUAGACUGUCCCCGAAGUCCCCAAAGCCACUCACCGGGGCCGGGGCGGAGGGGGUGGGUGGUGGUCGGGAGCCCCAGGAGCAGACGAGGAUAAGGCCCCGGCGCCGCCAGCGGCAGGGGAAGGCUCCGCAGCCCUCCGCCGGAGGGCUCCAGCCCCGGCAAACGAAAGCAAAAGUCGGCAGCGGCGCAGCCCACGGCAGCUCCACGCCCGCCCGUGACACACCCCGCGGGAGGCAGGCAGCACCCCGCGGGAGGAAGCACCCCGAGGGAGGAAGCACCCCGAGGCAGGCAGCACUCCGAGGGAGGAAGCACCCCGAGGCAGGAAGCACCCCGAGGGAGGAAGCGACCCGAGGGAGGAAGCGACCCGAGGCAGGCAGCACCCCGAGGGAGGCAGCACCCCGAGGGAGGAAGCACCCCGAGGGAGGAAGCACCCCGAGGCAGACUGCAGCACCCCGAGGGAGGAAGCACCCCGAGGCAGGCAGCGCCUCGAGGGAGGAAGCACCCCGAGGCAGGCAGCACCCCGAGGGAGGCAGCGCCCCGAGGGAGGAAGCACCCCGAGGCAGGCAGCACCCCGAGGCAGACUGCAGCACCCCGAGGGAGGAAGCACCCCGAGGCAGGCAGCGCCUCGAGGGAGGAAGCACCCCGAGGGAGGCAGCGCCCCGAGGGAGGAAGCACCCCGAGGCAGGCAGCACCCCGAGGCAGACUGCAGCACCCCGAGGGAGGAAGCACCCCGAGGCAGGCAGCGCCUCGAGGGAGGAAGCACCCCGAGGCAGGCAGCACCCCGAGGGAGGAAGCACCCCGAGGCAGGCAGCACCCCGAGGCAGGCUGCACCCCGAGGCAGGCAGCACCCCGAGGCAGGCAGCGCCCCGAGGCAGGCUGCAGCCCGAGGCAGGCAGCACCAAGGCUGCCCCGGGGGCUGCGGGCGCGGUCCUGGCGCCUCGGGAGCGCGCUCGGGAAAGCGGAAAACAAGAGAGAAAAAAACCAACAGCGACGAAAGUAUUUCCACGAACCAGGGUGCUCCGGAGGCAAGAGCAAAGGACCGAGCCCGUGCCCCAGCAGCAGAUCUUGCCACCACGCAGCAGCGGGAAAGCUCCCAGCCGGCUGGAGGUGGAGGAGCAGGAUCAGAACCGGGCACGACCAGGACGGAGCACCCCUGGGCUCCGCUCACCCCAGCCCGAUUCGGGAGAAGAAGAAAAGAAAGAGAAAGAAAGAAGAAGGAAAGAAGAAGAA